UGAUGGUUCCCAUCCAGCCGCGGCCUGAUUUAGCAACUGGAAUCACCUUCAGAUCAAAUCUUAAAAAUUCGCACCUACAAAGCUACUCUACAGAGUUGUUCCCUCCCGCCCAAGAAGGGCAAAUGGACUUUGGAGUUAAGAUGCAGGGGGGUGAACCAGUGUCAACAAUGAAAGUCUCAGAGAGUGAAGGAAAGCUGGAGGGCCUGGCCACAGCGGUGACCCCAAACAAGAACAGCAGCAACAGCAGCUGUGGGGGUGGAAUCAGCAGCAGCAGCAGCAGCAGCAGUAGUCGCGGUGGCAGUGCAAAAGGCUGGCAGUACAGUGAUCACAUGGAAAAUGUAUAUGGCUACUUAAUGAAGUACACCAACCUUGUCACUGGGUGGCAGUACAGGUUUUUUGUUUUAAACAAUGAAGCUGGGUUAUUGGAGUACUUUGUGAAUGAACAGUCUAGAAAUCAAAAACCCAGAGGUACUUUGCAGCUUGCAGGAGCUGUAAUAUCACCUAGUGAUGAGGACUCUCACACUUUCACUGUAAAUGCUGCCAGUGGGGAACAGUAUAAACUCAGAGCCACAGAUGCUAAAGAGCGACAACAUUGGGUUAGCAGACUUCAGAUAUGUACACAACAUCACACUGAAGCUAUUGGAAAGAAUAAUCCUCCUCUGAAAUCACGGAGCUUCUCACUUGCAUCUAGUGGUAAUUCUCCUAUAUCCCAGAGGAGACCAAGUCAAAAUGCCAUUUCUUUUUUUAAUGUUGGACAUUCCAAACUACAAUCAGUGAACAAAAGAGCUCACUUACCUCCAGACCAUCUUGUGGAAGUCAGAGAAAUGAUGUCUCAUGCUGAAGGACAACAAAGAGACUUAAUUAGGCGAAUUGAAUGCCUUCCUGCUUCUGGCCAUCUUAGUUCCUUGGACCAGGAUCUCUUAAUGCUCAAAGCUACUUCCAUGGCGACUAUGAACUGCUUAAACGAUUGCUUUCAUAUUCUGCAGUUACAGCAUGCAUCACAUCAGAAGGGCUCACUGUCUUCAGGAACGACAAUCGAGUGGUUAGAACCAAAGAUACCUUUAUCAAACCACUAUAAAAAUGGAGCUGACCAGCCUUUUGCAACUGAGCAAAGUAAACCAGUGGCAGUCCCAGAAGAACAGUGUGUUGACGAAUCUGGACCAUUAGCAAGGGAACCUGAAGAAAUAAAUGCAGAUGAUGAGGUAGAGGAUACAUGUGACAACAAGGAGGAUGACCUGGGAGCUGUGGAAGAGCAACGUAGUGUUAUCCUACAUCUGUUGUCACAGCUUAAGCUGGGCAUGGACUUAACAAGAGUGGUGCUUCCUACAUUUAUCCUAGAGAAGCGUUCCUUGCUGGAAAUGUAUGCAGACUUUAUGUCUCAUCCAGACCUAUUCAUAGCCAUUACUAAUGGAGCCACAGCUGAGGAUAGAAUGAUUCGUUUUGUUGAGUACUACCUUACCUCAUUUCAUGAAGGCCGGAAAGGAGCCAUUGCUAAGAAACCGUACAAUCCUAUCAUUGGAGAAACAUUUCACUGUUCCUGGAGGAUGCCAAAAAGCGAGGUUGCAUCCACUGUUAUCAGCAGCUCUUCUACCCAGGCAGUCACAAAUCAUGCUCCUCUAUCAGAGGAGGCUUUGAGCCAGGCGGGACCAGACUGUUAUACAGUCAGAUUUGUUGCUGAGCAGGUUUCCCAUCAUCCUCCAGUCUCAGGAUUUUAUGCAGAAUGUGCAGAGAGGAAGAUGUGUGUAAAUGCACAUGUCUGGACUAAGAGCAAAUUCUUAGGCAUGUCGAUAGGCGUAACAAUGGUUGGAGAAGGUAUUCUCAGUCUAUUGGAGCAUGGAGAAGAGUAUACAUUUUCUCUACCUUGUGCAUAUGCCCGAUCAAUUUUAACUGUUCCUUGGGUAGAACUUGGUGGCAAAGUCAGUGUCAACUGUGCAAAAACUGGGUAUUCAGCCAGCAUCACUUUUCAUACUAAGCCGUUUUAUGGUGGCAAACUGCACCGGGUUACAGGUGAAGUAAAGCACAACAUCACCAAUACUGUGGUAUGCAGAGUGCAAGGCGAAUGGAAUAGUGUUCUUGAGUUCACUUAUAGCAAUGGAGAGACAAAGUAUGUGGAUUUAACUAAGUUGGCAGUAACAAAGAAAAGAGUAAGACCUCUGGAGAAGCAAGAUCCAUUUGAAUCCAGGCGAUUGUGGAAAAAUGUGACAGAUUCUCUGAGGGAAUCUGAAAUCGAGAAAGCCACAGAGCAUAAACGUACCCUGGAAGAACGCCAGAGGACUGAAGAAAGGCAUCGUACUGAAACAGGCACACCCUGGAAAACCAAAUAUUUUAUUAAAGAGGGAGAUGGCUGGGUUUAUCAUAAGCCCCUUUGGAAAACAAUUCCAGCAACACAGCCUGCGGAGUGACACACACUAUCUGAGACUCGACCAAAUGAACUUCUUCUCUGUUUACCCUAAACCCUCCCAGAAUGGAGUCAUUGCACUGAGUAACCUGCUUCCUGAUUGCACAGACUGAAUCUGGCUAAACCCGAAUGUCCCUGUUAGGGCACCACAGAACUGCAGCAAGACCAAAGUGUUGAAGACGCACGACGGGCCUCUCACCAACCUGUUCAUGUGAUACGAGCAAUAUCAUCCGAAAACCUUUCACGUGAAUUGUUAGAUGAUUCAUCUUUUAUCCAGCUCCUGCUCCUAAAGUUAGGUUUAAAUCCCCUAUUUUUGCAUGGGGGCAGCAGAUACACACAAGUGUGAGAACUCAGUGAUUUUGAUUUCUUUAUAGUAAAGAGUGAAGUCUCUUUCAGAGUUUGUGCUUUGCUUUCUGUCAGUAACUGAAGUAUUCACUGCUCUUACAAAUAAACCCAAGAGGAGGAGGACGAUGACCCAGAAGUGGAUUCAGCCAUUGUGCCUGAAAUCAGUGUUAAAAAAAUCAACCAGGUUGUAGUAACAAGGCAUUCUGUUCCUUCAAAGAGACUGUGUGCCUGUGUCUGAGGAACUUAUCCAUUAUCCACCUCUGUUGGAACUCUCUUUUAAAAAGUAUAUUUAUAAAUUGAUUAGAAUUAUAACCAUGGAGAAUUUUUUCUUCUGAGCAUUUUAUUAUACUUGAAAACAACAUUGACUUGAAAAAUUUCAGAACAUUUUUCAAUACCUAGUUUUAUUAAAUGUUACACUUGAGAGACAAUUUUUUAAAUGUGUUCAUGUCAAUAUGAUGAGAUCUUGGCCUUUCUCAAGAACUGAGGCAUUAAAGAACAAAGCAAACAUUUAAAAAAUAAAACUGUUACUUUUUUUUCCUUACCUUUUUUUCACUUGUAGAUUAAUAUCCAGUAUUAUGUGCUAUCCCUCUGAAUAAGUAUGCUUCAUCUUACCUCUGCCCAUUCAAAUUUAAAACAACUAUUCAUAUUUGUCAGUAAUUCAGAAGUUAUAUAUGUGGCUGAGUGCAUGUAUGGUAUGGUUUUCUUUUCUUCUCAAGGAAACUCAAAUGCUGAAGAAAGAAUAUGAAGUGAAAAGAUAUUAGGAAAAAAGAUAUCAGGAAGUUGUAUUCAGGUACAAAUCUCUUUUUUUUUUAAUAAGUAUUUUAUUGAGGUUGAAGGAUUGCUGGCAACUAAAAGAAUAGUGCUAAUUAUGGCUUUCAUCAUUCAUUCAAGUUUAUUGAGUACCUACUUAUGGUGCUCAACACUUGUUACUGCAAGCUACCUUAAUUUUCCAAGAGUGGUGCCUUACUCUGUUUCUUCUGAUGUGGUCUUCCAAUCAGUGUGUGUAACAUAUACCUGUUAGUCAUCAGCCAUUGUAGGUGGCUGUGUCUCUUGCAUCAUCAUAAGAAGUUUAAGCUUUGUGCUCUGAUAAAUUGUGUUUUAUUGAAGGGUUUAAUAGGAUGAAAACAGCAAAACAAUAAUUUUUUCAACAAAUUGUAAAUUAUAAGAGAAUAACUGGUUUAUGUACAACCAUUUUAAUGAUUCCCUUGUUCAUUUUUGCUGUGAAAUGCACUGAAAAAUCUCAAAAUGAGUUAUAGUUCAUGUGUUGGGAAGAUUGAAAAAUAAUAAAACUAGAGAACAAUAAUGUCUUUGUCUGUUUUAUGAAAGGAGAGAAAUAGAAGGUUUGUGUUUAGAGGAGUUAGCCCCCUAUUCAUUUGAGAGGGACAUGGAUUUUUUUUCUUUAAAUUCUUACCCUCGGGAAUCUCUUAGGGAGAUAAGGAAGUAUAUUCAAUAAGAGGUUUUAAAAAUUAAAAUGUUUAAAUAGUCUGGAAAUAGAGCAAGAAUGUAAAAUUAAACUCGAGAUUUUGUUUUAUUCUUUGAACCAUUUGAAUACUUAUUUAUUUCUUUCAGUUGUUGAGCCAUUUUAAGAAUUAUUGAAAUAUGAUUUUAAAAAUUCUUAAGAAAAAAAUACAUUUAUAAGUAAUUGAAAUCUCAUGAUAUUGGGUUGAUUCUUUGACAAGAGUGAAAUAAUAAUACCAAUUUUGGGUAAUUAUUUUACCUUGUCUCCAUCUUGACUUCACUGCAGCUUAUCUAUCAGAUAAGAGUUAGAGGUCUUUUCUGUUUUAUUUUUUAUCUACAUGUUGUUGAUAAUUAGCCAGAGAAAUGAAUCUUUGCAGCAGUUGCCACUGAUUUGUAUCUUUUUCUUUGGGGUCAAAGUUUAUUUAUUUAAAAAAAUUUUUUUAAGUUUACUUAUUUUGAGAGAAAAAGAACAAGUGAGCCAGAGGAGUGGCAGAGAGAGAGGGAGAGAGAGAAUCCCAAGCAGGCUCUGCAGUGUCAGCACAGAACCUGAUGCAGGGUUCAAACUCAUGUUCGAGGUAUGACCUGAGCCGAAACCAAGAGUCAGAUGCUUAACCCAACUGAGCCACUUAAGUGUCCCUGGAUCAAAGUUUUAAAUGUGCGCUUUCUUUCUGGCUUUUCGGAAUUGUGUGUUAAGAAGUCCAAGAGCAGUAGUGACAAAAAGACAAUGUUCUGGCCAUUUAUUUGGAUUUUUUUUUUUUUUACCAUGAUCAUAACACUUAUCACCCUAUCCCUUCUGUCAAAUGUUUGUAUUUAAGCUCCAUCAUUUAUAUUCUAAUUAAUUACAUUUUGAAUAGAUAGUUUUGAAGCCCUGAAAGUAAUUUUUAGGUUGUGUAUUGGGUGAGAUAUGGCAUCUACAUAUUGAUUCCCUGAACUCUUCAGUUGUAACCAACAUCACCUCUAAUGCCUACUUGUCACCAAAAAUAAUAAGAAAAGUAUUGAGUUUCUCAUUCUGUAA